AUGGAACUCAAAAGCCUUUCUUCCAAUUGGAAGAAACUCCAAGUUACUCUCAAGGGGAGUACGACCCCCAAAGAAAAGAAAGAAACACGACCGCCGCAGAAUGGUCUCAAGCGAAAAAGAGUCGAAGCGGUAAUCGAAAGGAAAGCGGACAGACCAAGGAAAUUCUCGAAAGUGAAAAGCAUGACCGACAUAGUCGAUGCCAAAGGCUUGGGAAGGGAGCGACGCCGGUCCUUAGGAGCCACGGAAAAACCAGUCCCCCAAGUCGUAGAAAAGAAUCAACCUCGUGAUGGAAAACCCAAUGAAGGGCUUAAUGAGACUGCCGAAAUAGGAAAAUACGUCGCAAUGGAUUGUGAAAUGGUUGGGGUCGGUCCCGAUCCGGAUAAAGAAUCUGCGCUCGCUCGAGUUAGUAUUGUGAAUUGGAACGGCGACCAAGUCUACGACUCAUAUGUACGACCUAAAGAGAAAGUAACCGACUGGAGGACACAUGUGAGCGGGAUAGCACCCAAACAUAUGAUCGAAGCCCGCUCCUUCGAAGAGGUUCAAAAGGACGUUGCGCAGAUACUAGAGAAUACGAUACUAGUCGGGCACUCGAUUCGCAACGAUCUGGAAGCUCUGAUGUUGAGUCAUCCGAAGCGUGAUAUUCGGGACACAAGCAAGUACCCUCCUUAUCGAAAGAUUGCUGGUGGAGGGUCACCACGACUGAAACUACUCGCGUCCGAAUUUCUUGGGCUUGAGAUUCAAGAUGGAGCUCAUUCCAGUGUGGAGGAUGCAAGAGCUACAAUGUUCCUAUUCCGGAGAGACAAGGACGGGUUUGAGAGAGAGCAUGCGAAGAAGUGGCCUGUACGUGUAACAACUAUUGGUACCGAGGGAGAAGAAGGCGCCGCAGCGAAGAAGAAAAGAAAACCCAAGAAGAAGAGUCGUAAGAGGUGA